AUGUUUUAAGUGGACUAUUAAUAUGACAAAGGUGGCUGGCAAUAACCACUGAUAACUCCUUAUGGACCUCUUAAAAUAGAAACAUCAGCUUCUUGUUUGCAUUAUGGAAUAUCUCACUUUGAGGGGGUCUCAAUUUACAAAAACUAAGUCAAUUAGAUUCCUUAAGCAAUCAGAGUUCAGGAUACCUUGGAUAGCUUCAAGAACUCAGCUGAUAGAAUAGACAUGCCACUAUUUGAUACUGAAGAACUCCUGAAGUGCCUCAAGAUGUAUGUAAAUCAUGAGAGACAUAACUUUCCACAAAUUGAGGAUCCCAAAUUAGUAUCAUAGCUUUACUUAAGAUUAGUUCAUAUUAGCACUUAUGGCAUUCUCGGAAUUAAGUAGAGCAAGCAAACUAAACUCUACGGAAUUAUAAACCCUAACGUAGUUGAGAAUAAGAGUUUGAAGGUCAUAACUUCAAGUGGCGUUUCUAAGAGCUGGCCACUUGGUCACGGAUCCUUCAGAUUGAGUGGGAACAUUGGUUGUUUGUCGCCAGCAGUUCAAGAGGCUAAAAGUCUAGGCUAUGAUGACGUAUUAUGGAUGAUGGAUGACUAUAUUCAAGAAUUGACUGACAAAAAUGUUUACAUUUAUUGGUAAAGUAGAUUUGGAAAGAAGGAGCUAGUUGUUCCUUUAGAUAAUGGAUGCAUAUUCAAUGGACUUAUAAGGAGAAGUAUUCUUGAUAUCAAAGAUGAAAUCAAGUAGUCCUUAGACAUUGAUCUUGUCGUCAGAAAUAUUUCAAUUCAUGAAAUAAUAAAUGCUUCAAAGGAAAGAAGACUUUAUGAGCUUUUCGCUUCAUCCUAAGCAACUUAAAUCUAGUCUAUAGAGAAACUCAGAUUUGCAGAAAGAGUGGUUGAUUUAGAUUAGAAUUUCGCUGUUGCUAAUUUUGUGAGACAGAAAUUUAUCGAUAUCGCUACCUCUGAUAUUAAACCAGAUUGGAUUACUAAAUUUGAACCUUGA